AUGGCUCAAGAGGAAAAGAGUAGGAGUGGGUGUGGAUCUUCAUCUUCUACUAUCCUCCAAUUCCUACCCUUUAAUAGCUUAGUUGAUGAAGGUUUCUGGCACAGUUUGUCUUCUUUGAAGCUCAACAAAUAUGGCAUCGAUGAUUCUCCUAUACCCCUCACCGGGUUUUAUGCGCCUUGCUCACAUUCUCAAGUAUCCAACCACUUGACUCUUCUUGCUGAAUCUUUGCCGACUGAUGAAAAUAAUCAGUCUUCAAUGCCAGCAAUCAGCCGCGGUAACAGGAACAGAUGCCCUGUACCCGGGACCCUUUACAAUACAAAUACAUUGGAGGCCUUCCAUGCCCUAGACAAAAAGAGCUUGCUAAAGGAGGAGGCAAACAAGAUUUGGGAAGACAUUCAUACUGGAAGAGCUGUGGAGGACAGUGCAGUGUUAUCAAGGUUUCUUCUUAUCUCCUUUGCAGACCUAAAAAAAUGGAGCUUUCAUUACUGGUUUGCUUUCCCUGCCUUGGUGCUUGAUCCUCCUGCAACGUUGGUUGAAUCAAAGCGUGCUUCAAAAUGGUUUACCUCAGAACAGGCAAAAUCUGUCUCAGCAGCUUGUAAUGAUUGGCGUAACUCAAGCAUAACUGCAGAUGUGCCAUUCUUUUUGGUCAGUAUUGCUUCCAAUUCCCAUGCUACCAUCAGGCAUCUAAAGGACUGGGAAGCCUGCCAGGCUGAUAAUCAAAAGGUGCUAUUUGGUUUUUAUGACCCAUGUCAUGAAAAAGGUCCUGGUUGGCCUCUUCGCAACUUCCUAGCACUGAUUUGUUCAAGAUGGAGUCUGAAGAGUGUCCACUUUUUAUGCUACAGAGAGAGUCGUGGUUUUGCAGAUAUGGAGUCAUCCCUUGUCAUUGAAUCCUUAAUAACAGCUUCACAAGGAUUGAAUGAUCGUCAGCUUGUGCCUAAUGCAGUUGGAUGGGAAAAAAACAAAAAUAAAUACGUAUCCAGAUGCAUUAACCUUGCUAAAUCCAUGGACCCAAUUAGGUUGGCCGUAUCUGCUGCAGAUUUGAAUUUAAAACUAAUGAGAUGGCGUGCCUUGCCAUCCCUUAACUUAGAUGAGUUAUCUUCCGUGAAGUGUCUUCUCAUAGGAGCAGGUACGCUUGGAUGCCAGGUUGCUCGCAUGCUUAUGGCUUGGGGUGUCCGAAAAAUUACACUACUUGACAAUGGGAGGGUGGCUAUGUCUAAUCCAUUGAGGCAGUCCCUGUACACAUUGGAUGACUGCCUCGAUGGAGGUGAUUUUAAAGCUUUGGCAGCAGCUAAAAGCCUCAAGCGUAUAUUUCCGGCUGUGGAAGCAGAAGGUGUAGUAAUGGCUAUACCAAUGCCUGGUCAUCCAGUGACUAGCCAAGAAGAGACGAGUGUGGUUGAUGAUUGUAACCAUCUGUAUGAUCUGGUUGAUUCUCAUGAUGCAGUUUUCUUAUUGACUGAUACAAGAGAGAGCCGAUGGCUCCCAACCCUUCUAUGUGCAAGUGCUAACAAGAUUACUAUAACUGCAGCUCUUGGGUUUGAUAGCUUCUUGGUAAUGCGGCAUGGCCCUGGUCCUUUUAUCUCUGCUCAUGCUAACACUUCAUCUGUUGAUAUGGACAACCUUGCUCUAACUGACAAAGGAAGGAAGAGACUAGGCUGUUACUUCUGCAAUGAUGUGGUUGCGCCUACAGAUUCAACUGCCAAUCGAACUUUAGACCAGCAAUGCACUGUUACACGUCCAGGGCUUGCUCCUAUUGCUUCAUCUCUUGCCGUAGAGCUUUUUGUCAGCAUGUUGCAUCAUCCUGAUGGGAUGUUUGCUGAAGGUGAUAUUGCAAACUCCACUAGUAGCAGUGGCAGUGAGCCACCUCUUGGUAUAUUGCCCCACCAGAUUCGGGGUUCUCUCUUUCAAUUUUCGCAAAUGAUGCUUGUAGGCCACUCCUCUAAUAGUUGCACUGCUUGUUGCGGCACUGUUGUAUCAGAAUAUCGGAAAAAAGGAAUUGAAUUCCUGCUUCAAGCAAUUAAUCAUCCUACUUAUUUGGAGGAUCUCACUGGACUCACGGAAUUGAAGAAGUCGGCGAACUCUUUUAAAUUGGACUGGGAUGAUGAGACAGAUGACUAUGAUGAUGAUGAUGAUGAUGAUGAUUGUCAUGAAGUCUUAGGACGGACCACAAGGAACAUUGUUGAUAAAUAUGAUCUUGAAUAUAUGCCAUCCAUUAUCCAUCGAGAAAUUGGACCAGACGCUAUUCAACUAUAA